CCCAGACUCAUGAUUCAUCCCCUGGACGGCUCAAAACCUCUGGCCACCCCAGAGCUGCUCUCCAUCGCUCACGGCGGGGCUGGGCCAAGCAGCCCCCCACCUUCGGGGCUCGGAGAAGAAGAUGGGAAAACUCGCCGUGGCUCUCGGGAUCCUCAUGCUCUGCGCUGGUGGCGGCUGGGGGGGUAACAUCUGCACCACCCGCGGGGUGAACUCCUGCAAGCAGUGCCUGGCCGUGAGCCCCCUCUGCGCCUGGUGCUCUGCAGAGGUCUUGGCACAAUCAUCCCCUCGCUGUGACCUACGUGCCAACCUCCUGAAAAACGGCUGCGGGCAGGACUACAUCGAGUUCCCCACCAGCAGCGUAACCAUCCUGGAGAACAAACCCCUCAGCAACAAGGGCUCAGGGGGCUCUGCCACCACCCAGAUGAGCCCCCAGAAAAUCCAGCUGAACCUGCGGCCGGAUGACUCCCAGAUCUUUCGCGUCCAAGUGCGUCAAGUGGAAGACUAUCCCGUGGAUAUCUACUACCUGAUGGACCUGUCCAACUCCAUGAAGGACGAUCUCAAGAACAUCCAGAACCUGGGCACAAAGCUGGCCAGUGAGAUGCGCAAGCUCACCAGCAACCUACGCAUCGGUUUUGGGGCCUUUGUGGACAAGCCCAUUUCCCCCUACAUGUAUAUCUCUCCUCCAGAAGCCAUCACGAACCCUUGCUAUGAGAUCGGGGAAACCUGCCUGCCCAUGUUUGGCUACAAACACGUCCUGUCUCUCACGGAUGAGGUGACCCGUUUCAACGAGGAGGUGCGGAAGCAGAGCGUCUCACGGAACCGUGAUGCACCAGAGGGCGGCUUCGACGCCAUCAUCCAGGCCACCGUGUGUGAUGAGAAGAUUGGUUGGAGGAACGAUGCUUCACACCUACUCGUCUUCACCACGGAUGCCAAGACCCACAUCGCGCUGGACGGCAGGCUGGCCGGCAUCGUGCAGCCCAACGAUGCCCAGUGCCACAUUGACAAGGAUAAUUUCUACUCUGCUUCCACCACACUGGACUAUCCCUCUCUGGGCCUGAUGACUGAGAAGCUCUCACAGAGGAACAUCAACUUGGUCUUUGCUGUGACAGAUACGGUUGUUGGUCUCUACCAGAACUACAGUGAGCUGAUCCCAGGCACAACUGUGGGCACCUUGUCCAGAGACUCCAGUAACGUCCUGCAGCUCAUAGUGGACUCCUAUGGGAAAAUCCGCUCCAAGGUGGAGCUGGAGGUGCGUGACCUCCCCGAAGAGCUGUCCCUGGCCUUCAAUGCCACCUGCCUCAACGAUGAGGUCAUCCCCGGGCUCAAGUCGUGCAUGGGGCUCAAGAUCGGGGACACGGUGAGCUUCAGCAUCGAGGCCAAGGUACGGGGGUGCCCACGGGAGCAGCAGAAAUCCUUCACCAUCAAACCCGUGGGCUUCAAGGACAGCCUGACAGUGGUGGUGAACUUCAACUGUGACUGCACCUGCGAGGGACAAGCUGAGGCCAACAGCCCAUCCUGCAGCCAAGGCAACGGCACGCUGGAGUGCGGCGUGUGCCGCUGCAACUCCGGGCGCCUGGGCUCGCACUGCGAGUGCUCGGAGGAGGAGUACAACCCCUCGCAGCAGGACAACUGCAGCCCCCGGCCCGGCCAGCCCAUCUGCAGCCAGCGGGGCGAGUGCAUCUGCGGGCAGUGCGUGUGCCACAGCAGCGACUUCGGGAAGGUGACGGGCAAGUACUGCGAGUGCGACGACUUCUCCUGCGUCCGCUUCAAGGGCCAGAUGUGCUCAGGCCACGGGCAGUGCAGCUGCGGGGACUGUCUGUGCGACUCGGACUGGACCGGUGACUACUGCAACUGCACCACUCGCACCGACACGUGCAUGUCCAGCAACGGGCUGGUCUGCAGCGGCCACGGCUCCUGCGUCUGCGGCAAGUGCGACUGCACCCAGCCCGGCUCCUACGGUGACACCUGCGAGAAGUGUCCCACGUGCCCGGACGCCUGCACCAUCAAAAAGGAGUGCGUGGAGUGCAAGAAGUUUGAGCGGGGAGUGCUGGUGGAGCAGCAGUCCUGCAGCCGCAUGUGCCGCGAUGAGAUCGAGACGGUGCAGGAACUGGGUGACAGGGGCAAGGACGCCGUGAACUGCACCUACAAGGACGAGGACGACUGCGUGGUGCGGUUCCAGUACUACGAGGACUCCAGCGGCAAGUCCAUCCUCUACGUUAUCGAGGAGCCAGACUGCCCGAAGGGGGCAGACAUCCUGGUGGUCCUGCUCUCGGUGACGGGCGCCAUCCUGCUCAUCGGCCUCGCCGCCCUGCUCAUCUGGAAGCUCCUCAUCACCAUCCACGACCGACGGGAGUUUGCCCGCUUCGAGGAGGAGAAGGCCAGGGCCAAGUGGGACACGGGCCACAACCCUUUAUAUAAAGAGGCUACGUCUACCUUCACCAACAUCACGUACCGUGGGAACAUGUAAGGAUGCCGCAUCCAGCGCUGGCCGUGGGAUCAACCAAGGAUCUGUGGGAUCUUCUGGAGUCCAGUUUACAGAAGAGCUUGUUGUGUCUGCGUGUGUGAGUGCAUCUGUGUGUAAUUUAAUGAUCCCUGGUCUGCCUCCGAAGCCCAGUUGUCCGUCACCCCACCGUAACUGCAGGGACGUGCUUUCCACGGCAAACCUCUCAUUUUUACCUCGGCGGGUCGCCUCGCGGGAGCCGGCGGCCCCUCCAUACACUGAAUGCGGAGAAAUGGGACUUUCUCUGCCUGGCGAGUCUGUGAACAUUUAGGUGCUCAUCAGGCCAAGUGGAUUUCAGGAGCAGCUCCUCAAACUGAAGGCCGAGCUGGGCUCUCCUCCAUGGCCUGUGCUGGUGAAGCUCUGCCAGUCUGGAGAG